AUGACAGAGACCUGGAUCUCUGGCAUGAGUAUGAGAAGGAAUUUGGCCGUUCUGAUCCCCGAGAAAGAAAUGCAAGUGAUGAAGCAUUUCGCUGAGUUCGUGGCCCUCGGGACCGUUGGCAAGUUAGACAAGGAGAAUGAGCUCCCGACUACCGACAGUAUUCGAAACAAGAUGCGUCGAUUCUAUAGCAACUGGCAAAGAAAAACACGCCAAACCAUACCCGCGGAGGUUACUCUCUCGAUGGCCCCUUUGUGGUUCAGUGAUCAUCAUGACUAUGUCCAUGAAGGUUACCGCGUGGAUAAUGGAACUCUUCUGAACACUCAUUGCUACACCUCCGCUCGGCUUUCGGAGCUGUGUCAAGCAAAGUACAAGGAUGUCGUCUUCCUAGUGGGACGGAAGGACGGGGAGCCGGAACUGAAGUUGAAGAUACAGAGGAGAGUUUUUGAAUGGAAAGACGAUAUGCUCGAAAAACCAAUUUUCCCCGACUGGACUGCAGAGGGGCCCAAGGCCACUGCUCGAAGCCCUUACAACUGGAGCCAUCAAGCGUCAAGAUGGGCGAUCCGGGCUGGAUUCAUCGAUGGUUGUGGUAUGCACUGCCCGCGUCGUGAUUCCCUUCUCAAAGCCAAUGGUAACGCAAUCUCGAACGAUGAUCACGCGCAUCUAGCUCACUCAAGAUCAGGUAGCGGAGCAUCGAUCGAGCAGGUCCUGAAAUAUGCCGACCAGCAGAACUCGGCAGUCUUACGCAGAAAUUACCUCGGAUCGAUGAACACGAUCGAUGGAACUGGUUGCUUUCUGGGGCAUGGAUGUUCGACCGGACCUCACCGAAGACUUCCGCUCAGCAACUAUGAGAACAAGAAGGGAUCUCCGACGCCACCCGCGAGCAACUCAAGGUGGAGCGGAAACAGUCCUACGUUAAGAGAUGACGACUGGAAGCAGCCAAGCUACGGGAAGUACAAAAAAAUCAACCCUUGGAGCAACUCAAAUGAACGGAAGCCUCACGAGCAGGGUGAUUGGCGACAUGGCCACUUUGCCCGUAUUAUGAACCUGUUACCGGAACGCAAGCGGCUCUCUCACACCUUGUUCUCAGCAGUACCCCUAGGAGCCAUGAAGGACUAUCGGCUCUCCGAGACAUCAUCGCCCUUCGAACGAAUCCUUGUCACAUUGCAUACCAGGAUAUACUACGCCCCUCUCAGGGCACCUGUCCAGUCCCCUCUUGUCACACAGAUAUGGAAAGUGAACCGGAAUGGCUCAGCCACUGUCGAAAUCACAUCGAAAAACGGGACCUACCAUUUCGCUGCGACCCGGUCUUCUUCCGCAACGCCACCGCUUGUGCUGGGUAUUGCCCAUCUCGGAAAGGAGGAGUGUCCUGCAGACCACCGCCUGCAUCAAUUCUGGGACAAAACCGGUUGGCAGCGUCAUGUCUCAACAUGCGUUCUGCAAUACAUCCAGGCUGAACCUGAUCCCAGCAACUUAUCCUGCCCUCACCCAGAAUGCCCAGUUAUCCCUCGAUCCUUAGAACAGCUGUUGAUCCAUCUUGAGGACAUUUAUAGCGUUUCCCGAGAGCCUUCAACGAAGCGAAAGUCAUGUAAUGAGGCAGGCCAAGAUGAUGAUGAAACCUCGUUACCGACCAAGAAACUCUGCACUCAGUUCCAAGUCGGCGGAGAUCAAACAUACGAUGGAUUCUGGAAGGGCGGCGCCUAUCAUAUGUCUGCCGGUUGGAUAUCAUCUGACGCCAAGGCGAUUCCUGAAGUUUGCAUAGAGCACAGCGCAUCCUCUUUAUCAGGCGUUGAACGGAGAAGCCACGAAGAUGGCUACAGUGAAGGACGUCGAGCCAGCGAAAAGCUGCAAGCCAUUUUGUCGCUCUCUGGGAACCCAGACAUGAUCGGUCCACAGCUAUCCAUGCACCACCACUCUCAGGAACACGCGAAGAGUACGGAGGCGGACGCAUCGUCCCCCACCCAAAGCUACCUCGAAGGAGGUCAAGACAGCCAACCCAUGGCAAUUGAUGAAGACGAUGAUAUUUGGGAAGUGGAUCGAUUGUUGGCCAAAUGGAAGCAGGGAAGGCAGGUUCUAUAUCUCGUGAAGUGGAAAGGCUUCUCCGACGACGCGAACUCGUGGCAGAGGCGGAACGACAUCAGCGACGAACUCGUCAGCAGGUUUGAUGCAGCCUUCUCGGACAAUGGGGGAAAUCAUGAAGGGGCGGAGCUCCUUAAGAAAAGAAUGCGGCGGGGACGGGCUGAGUAUCUGGUAAGAUGGAAGGGCCGCCCUGAUAGUGACAACUCGUGGGAAAAGGAGUUGACGAUUAGUCGUCGACGAGUGCAAGAGUUUGCCACACCCGGGGGUUCUCAGAACUGA